GGGAAUUCCUCGUACUGCACAAUGCUAGAAAUUGAAAACAUUUCCUAGAGAAACGAGCUCUUUAUCUGUUAGAGGGUUGUACGGUAAAUCCUUUGCUAAGAGUGAUACAAGCUUUUCUUGAAGGCUGAAUAGGAAUACACAAAAUGGAUACUUCUUGUAAUAAAGGGAGUUCUUGACAACAAGUUGGAUAAUACUCUGAUCAUAACUUUCAAUAUAUUAGCGACAGUACUAUCCAAAAGUAUUGUAUAGCAAUUAUGGAACAGAGGAAAUCUAAAGAAGCUACCUUCCUCCUUGUUGGUAAUACUGGCAACGGAAAAAGUGCAACCGGAAACUCAAUACUUAACAAACAAUCUUUCAAAACCACAGCUGGACCAUCGAAUGCCAGCUCAGCAGUGACCAAAGAUACCGGAGUGUAUAAUGAUAGCACCCUUUAUGUCAUUGAUUGUCCUGGUGUCGACACUGAGCGAAGUCCUGACGAGAUUUUUUCAUUGUCCGUAGACAACAUAGAGAAAGCGUUGGAAAUGUGCAGCUUCCGAUUUUCAGCGUUGUUACUCGUCCUCAAAUACGGCCAACGAUUUACACAGCAAGAAAGCAACGCUAUAACAAACAUUCGCGGAAUACUGGGACAAAAUGUGAUACGCGAAUGCGUGAUUUGCGUACUAACGUACGGAGAUAACUUUGAAGCUGAUAAUGAAGAUAAUGAAGAGGAUUUAUCUUUCCUUGAUUGGUGCCAGCAGCAAGAGGGAGAGAUAAAGAAAGUCUUUCAAGAGUGUAUGUACCGCUGUGUACUAUUUAACAACAGAUCAAAAGAUGAGAGUAUCAAGAGAUUGCAAAUAGAUAAACUUUUGGAGCUGGUCGAGAUAACUACGCCUUAUACAAAAGCUAUGUACGAUAAUGCUCAGGGGGAUAGACAAAGACUAGCUACUGAAACGCAAGCGCCUAAAAUUCUCCAGCAAGCUAAUGCAACUAUUAAAGAAUUUCGUCAGAAAAUCCCAAGUUUUGGAGCUUUAAAAGACCCACACAGUUUAGAAGAUCAGUUGAAAAAGUUACUAACUGAUGUGGAAAAUUACAAAGAGUCGCUAAUGAGAAAGUACGAAGAGUAUGAGUUCGUUAAGCAACCACUACAAGAUUUAACGAUUCUUCGCAUGGAGAUCAACAGCAAACUCAAAAUCUAUGAGCAAAACUUACAGGAUAAAAUUAAAUUAAACGAACAAGAGAAAACCGCUAAUUAUAGGAAAUUUUGUAUUAUCUUAUAAGUUUUUUUUUUAUUUCAGCGUUCAGUUUUGUUGAAACAUUUUCUCAUAAAAUAAUUAUCAUACAUUUUAUAUUGUGCUUUUAUCUAAUCCUACUAAGUUGUGGUGGAAAUCCAACUCCGUGCUACUAUAGAGCGAGCUUUCGUAUAUACAUAUAUUAGUGUUUUUUCAGGGAAAAAAUGAACGAAAUGUAAAAGCGUUAUGUAUUCAUUUAUUAAAGAAAAACAAUUUAUAAAUGUUAGUUGCAAUGCAUAUUUUACAUAGAACAGUUAACGACUUCCUGUUUCUUGUUAAACCUUAAGAUGCGGUAGGUAGUUUAGCCUCUAAACAUCAAAAAUGUAAUUUCAUUUUGUAUGCAUUCAUUCUAAAACAGCUCAGCACUUUAAGGGUUAAUCAGCAUAUUGCACUUUUAGAUCAGUGGACAUGUCCGGCUAGGUGCAACCCCCCUCCACCCUACCACCCCCCGGUCUGGAAAACUUUGCACACAGAGCAUAACGAGGCCUCAGAUUUUUUAUUUAUUUUAAAGGAUUACAAGAACAAGAAAAUGUAGCACAUUUGACACGCGUUUCGAAGACGUAUAGAGUUCAGAGAUGACUGAGAAUGUUGCACAUCACUGCUAGCUAUGAUAUUUUCAAAUCUAGUAAAGAAAAAAAGCUUGUGAACCAUAAUAUUUUUUUAAUUUCUUGACAAUUUUUCUUUGUUCCAUAUCAGUGUACUGUGCUCUUUCCAUAGCGUGAUCUUUUUUAUAUAACUGAAUACACACGCGCACAAAAACUAAAUGUCUAAAUGUAUUUUAAAUUCAUAUAUGCAAUAAAAGUAUCCAAUCGAAA